UUCCAGAUCACAACUUUGCUUUGGGAAAGCCAACAGAACAAUCGUCUACAUAUGCCAAUAUACAUGGAUCAUUCGGGUCCAGUCUGGCUGUCGAUGGAAAUACAGGUGACGUUUAUAUAUCCGCUCCAAGUCAACCUCAGUGUAGCAUAA